AUGGUUACUGUUGAUGAUGUUCGUAAGGCUCAACGUGCUGAAGGCACUGCCACCAUUAUGGCAAUCGGCACAGCAAAUCCUCCAAAUUUUUAUGAUCAAAGCCAGUAUGCAGAAAUUUAUGCUCGUUGGACUAAUAGCGAGCACAUGACGGAGGUUAAAAAUAAAAUGCAGCGCAUGUGUGACAGAACAAUGAUUAAGAAGCGACAUUCGCACAUAACAGAUGAGAUUAUGACAGAAAAUCCAAAUAUGCGUGCAUACAAGGCACCUUCAUUAGAUACAAGGCAAGAUAUGGCAGAAGUAUUAAUAUCAGAGUUAGGUAAGGAAGCCGCAAACAAGGCCAUCAAUGAAUGGGGUCAGUCCAAGUCCAAAAUCACUCACUUAAUAUGUUGUACCACUAUGGGUCCAAGCAUGCCAGGGAUUGACUACCGAAUCGUCAAGCUCUUGGGUCUUGAUCUAUCCGUUAAGCGACUAAUGUUGUAUCAACAAGGUUGUAAUGCGGGUGGAACUGUGCUUCGCAUUGCCAAAGACCUAGCUGAGAACACUAAGGGUGCACGUGUCCUUGUUGUCUGCUCUGAGACAACUUUAGUUGGUUUUCGUGGCCCUAAUGAGACUGAUUGUGAUGUUCUUGUGUGUCAUUCUUUGUUCGGUGAUGGUGCAGCUGCUGUCAUAGUUGGUUCAGAUCCAAUGCCUGGUGUUGAAAAUCCCAUAUUUGAAUUAGUCGCUUCAGCACCAACAUUAGUGCCGGAUAUCCCCAAUGCUAUUUGUGGAAGUAUUCGUGAAUAUGGUCUUACAAUUCAUAUUGGCAAGGAAGUUCCUGAUCUUAUCGCAAACCACAUUGAGAAUAGACUGGUUGAGGUAUUUCACCCUUUAGGUAUCUCGGAUUGGAACUCAAUCUUUUGGGCUACACAUCCUGGUGGGCGUGCAAUUCUAGACCAAGUUGAGGCCAAAUUGGGUCUUAAGCCUGAGAAACUACGUGCGAGUAGGCAUGUCCUUGCUGAAUAUGGUAACAUGUCAUGUGUAACUGUAUUGUUUAUCUUGGAUGAGACGAGGAAAAGGUCAAUUGCUGAUGGACUAAAGACCACAGGAGAAGGAUUUGAGUGGGGAGUGCUUUUCGGUUUUGGUCCUGGGCUUACUAUUGAAACUGUGGUCCUUCACAGUGUUAAUAUUGCUUAG